AUGGCGAUGUUAAAGACAAUUUUGGUUUUAUUUCUCGUUUUGUCAAUUACUCUGGCUCUUGAGGCGACUAAGAUCAAAAAGGAGAAUAUCAUAACGUAUGACGCUCUGCGUGUGAAUCAUGCAUGGGGAUGUUCUCCGAAACAUCCUCAGUUUUGUCAGAAAACUCAGGCAAAUCCAUAUACGAAAGUCUGGCCAUAUGCAUGA